AUGGUCGCGGCCAUUUCUCUCCUCGUCGCAUCGCUAAGUUUGCCUCUCACAGGAUUACCCUUUGCCGAUGAGGGCGCUGCUACACUUUGCAGGGGAUCUGUAACAAGUCUUACUACGCCCCAAAUAAAGAUUUUCGCCUCGCUCAUAGCCACUCUGGCUUUAUCCGCCAUCUUCAUCGCUAUUGUCAAUGUCCGUCUGAUUUGCAUCGCGUUCAGGUCAUCGCUAAAGAUCACCCCAAACUUGAUCCGAGAGGGCGCCCUACAGAGGCGCGUAGAUAUUAGAGGGUUAAAGAGCAUCACCAUCACCGUCCUAACGUCCUUCAUAGCCACUGCCAUCCCGACUCUUGUCGGAUACGUUGGGCCAAGACUUGGGAUGUCGCCUUAUUUUGCUCUUUCUCUUUUCAAAGUUGAUAUUCUUUCUGUUUGGAACGAGCGAUCCGUCAUCCGAGUCCCAUACAAGCCGAACGCAUCCCGAUGGACCAGCGAGACCAUCCGGAAAGACACGAAGAAGAACGGUACGGAGAUCUUCGACCGAGCUCGGCCCUGGACCAUUCUCUCCUCUACCAAUGCUGCUUAUCUUGACUUCUGCGAUAACUGGUUGGAGAGUGUGAAGCGAUGUGGCAUUACACAUCAUAUCACCAUAUUCACCGAAGACCUUGCGUCAUAUAAUUACCUCAACAAACGAACAGACAUCGAUAUAUCGGUACAGCGCCCUCCCGAGACGAAAACCUCAACCAAGUUCCUCGAGUUCGGAACGGACGAAUACAUCAAGAUGAUUAACCGAAGGCCGAGGUAUAUUCGAUCUUUUCUCGAACAAGGCAUCGAUGUUUUAUUUUCGGAUUUGGAUACAGUCUGGUUGGAGAACCCACUCCUGUUUUGUCCAGAGGGUUAUGAUUUACACGUCGUGGAAGAUAUGCACAAAGAAUACGUUUACAUCAUCGCUCCUGAUUGGUUAGAAAUCAACAUGGGGUUCGUAUACUUUAGCGCCACCAACGCCACACUCGAGGUUAUCCGGAAAUGGGACGAUAUGCUUACCCAAUACCCGAAAACACCCGACCAGGAUCUCCUUAAUGCACUUCUAGAGAGGAAGAACGUUCGGGACAAGCUGGAGAUCAACGUCAUGGAUUACCAAAGAUUCCCGAAUGGCUGGCAGUAUUUCAAUGACAAAUGGCGGAGAAGACAUCGGGAUGUUCAAACUGUUGUUGUGCAUAAUGAUUAUUUACACGGGCAUGAUCCUAAAAUCAAACGAUUUAAGCGAAUUGGUCUGUGGUAUGUUUAA